UUAACGAGAGUCUAUUGUGUGGUCGGUUGUGUACUUAGGAAUGGUUUGUGCCGGGUGCGGGUGGCUUGUGUACUUAGAAAUGGUUUGUGCCGGGUGGGUCUCGUGAGAGUCGAUUCUAUUAGCGGCACAGUGUCAGAUUGCGUACCCGGCAAGAUUAAAUCGCGAGGCUUUACCACAAACUUCUUUUUACUUCUACCUUACAUCGUUCAAACAAAAACUUGGAAUACAUAACUGACCAGUGAAUCGCGCGACAAGAAUUCAACUUCGACUGCUCUGGCUUGGCGGAAUAUCUCUUUGACAAGGUGACAGACUGCCCAGCGCAUGUGCCAGAGAGUGCGCGUGCUAAUCACGUGCUGACAACUCACAGACCACGGAGAGAAGUUCUGUUGAAGUGACUACGGUGGCCCACGUGAAACAUAACCGCAGUUAUGUCCGGAUUCAAACCGUUUCUAGGGCCGCUCCUUUGAAGUACGGGCUUACUACCCUGUGGAUGAAAAGAUCCGAAGAAGUCAACAAUGAUUUAGCAAUUUCCGGCAGCGAGAAGAGUGAUUCACAGGAGAAAACAGAUCGGUGUGGGUAACAUUGAAAACACCAAUACAACAGGACGCACGCACCAUGGCCAUCGGCGUUGUCAAGGCGACGCGUGAGAUUCAUAUGCAAAAGCUGAAGGAGGAGCGGGAGGCGAAGAGGAGCCAGCUAGAUGAGCGCCACACCUAUGUACUGCAGAUCGUGGCCGACAGCCUCGGGCUGGAGCGAUCCGAGGUGGAGGAUGCCAUCUUGGAGGGAUCGCAGAUCGAUACGAUGCACAAGUUCUUUGGUGUGAACGGAGUCAACAGGUUGCUGUUUUAUUACCAGGAGCCAGAGGAGAAAGAGCCAGUGACUGUGGAAUUUCGAAUGCAUGGGACAGAUACAGUUCGCCGAACAAGCGCUUUUGAAUAUCGGCCUGGCCUGCCACAGGCUAGAGUGGCCAAGUCCAGCAAGCCUAAGGUGUUUCUCUCGGAUGGAAGAGAUACCCCUUUGCGGGGAACAUGCUUGGUGUUCACUCGCAUGCCUUCUGGUGCUAAUGCUAGCGUCACUGAACAGAAUAUGACCAAGGAAAUCAACUUCACAGUGCUCGAUGCAGCGGGGCAAGGAACGAAUGGGCGAGGCCUUUUGUCAGCUGUGGAAAAUUUGCUGUCCAGUGUUUUCAUCCCAGCUUUGCGGCAGCUAGAGAAAGGUUGGGAGCAACUCAACACACAAGAUGGCCAGAAUAUACGCAGCUCCUUUCUUAACUCCCUUGAUUCCUUCGUCACCGUACUCUCAGGUGCUCAGGAAAGCCUAUCAGAUAAGGAAACCCUGAAGCCAUGUGAAGGGUUUGACUUGUCCAAAGUACAGACCCCUCAUGAUUAUCAGACUGCAGCCAACAGCUCAGAGACUUUAGAGAAGAUUGAAGAGUGCAUGCGCAGUUGGAGCAAGCAGAUUGAACAGGUGCUGGCUGAGAGUGAGCAAAUGCGCCGUGAGGCAGAUGACAUUGGACCCCGAGCUGAACUGGACCACUGGAAGAAGCGGAUGUCCAAGUUCAACUAUCUAGUUGAUCAGAUCAAGGGUCAUGAAGUGAAGGCUGUCCUUGGAAUAUUACAUGCAGCUAAAUCCAAGCUCGUCAAGACUUGGCAGGAACAAGACCGCCGAAUCACUGACACAGCCAAUGAAGCAAAGGACAAUGUUAAGUUUCUGUACACCUUGGAGAAGUUCUGUGACCCACUGUACAACAGCGACCCUGUGGGUAUGCUGGAGGCUAUCCCUGGGCUGAUCAAUGCCAUUCGUAUGAUCCACAGUAUCUCUCGAUACUAUAACACAUCAGAGAGGAUGACCUCCCUUUUUGUAAAGAUUACCAACCAGAUGAUCACUGCCUGCAAGGCAUACAUCACUGAAGGGCGGAUAGAAACUGUAUGGACACAGGAUGUGUCUGUAGUGAAAAAGAAACUACAGGACUGCAUUCGCCUUAAUGAGGAGUACCAGUUUCACUUCCACAAAACCAAGAAAAGCUUGGAGACUAUGAGAAAUGAACGCCCCUUUGACUUCUCCGAGAUGUACAUUUUUGGGAAAUUUGACACCUUUACUCGACGGCUGAAGAAGAUUAUUGAGAUGUUUGACACCAUAGAGAUGUAUUCUCACUUAGCAGAGUCUCGAAUAGAGGGCAUGGAACUGAUGGCUAACAAAUUUGCUGUUAUUGUGACAACCAUGAAGAAGAAACCCUAUGAUUUCCUCGACCAACGUAAGGCUGAGUUUGACCAGGAUUUUGAGGAUUUCAAGCGCCAGAUCUCUGACCUGCAUAGUGGUAUUGUGGCGUUCAUGGAUACCAAGUUUGAACGCAUUACCAGCACACAGCGAGCUCUCAUGCUGCUGCGCAAAUUUGAAGGUCUCAACAUUCCCAACAUAGGUAUCCAGGAAAAGUACCAGCGCAUUCUGAUGUACUACAGUCGUGACGUGGAGAUGGUCUCUCGGAUCUAUCAGAAGAACAAAUCAGAUCCUCCAGUGGCACGAGACUUGCCACCUGUUGCUGGCAAGAUUGCCUGGUCCCGCCAGCUGUUCUGCAGAAUUCAGGAACCCAUGGAAAUCUUUCAGCAGCAUCCAGCUAUUUUGCAGAGUGCUGAGGCUAAGAAAAUUAUCAAGAACUACAACAAACUGGCAAAAGUUCUUCUUGAGUUUGAGCUAUUGUAUCAUCGUGGCUGGCUACGGCAGGUGGAAGCUGUCAAGGCUGGACUACAGGCAUCACUGCUAGUACGGCAUCCAGAGACAAAGGAGUUGUUUGUCAACUUUGACACACAGAUCCUGACUAUGAUCCGAGAAACAGAGUGCAUGAGCCGCCUAGGGUUGGAGAUUCCACAGAUUGCAAAAACCAUGAGGGCUCGGCAAGGAGACUUCAAAACUCAUUACAGUGGUCUCAUGGUGAUGCUGGAGGAGAACAAAAGAGUGCGGAGCAAGAUCCCAGCAGCCUUUGAGGCCCUCAUGGGUCUACACCUGGCUAAAGUUGAUGAUGUGAUAGAACCAGGGCUGACCACACUGUCCUGGAGCUCCACUCAGAUCCAUGACUACAUUGCCUGUGUGUACCAUGCUCUGGGCAAACUUGAGCUGCUGAUGGACCGUGUACAUGAGUGUACCGAGUUCCGAAUCGAUGCCAUCCUCAGAACAAUGGCCACUACCUCUUUGUGUGAGCUGCCAGAAGAUGAACCAUGGACGGUUGACCAGUUCUUGGAAAACACACAGAUGCUGUGCGCCAAGGGAGCUCACAUUCUGCAAACUAAGAGCCAGACAGUGGAAGAGGCUGCCAAUGAACUUAUCAACAUGCUCUGUGCCAUGGAAAGCCCCGAUGGAGAGCAAGAAGCAGAGGAAGAGGAAGAGGCAGCAUUGGUUGAGGAUACAGAAGAAGCAGCAGAAGGUGAGGGUCAAGAGAAGCCCGAAGGGGCGGAUGCAUCUUGGGUUGGAUCGCGAAGUGCAUCUCAAUCUGGCAGUCGAAAGUCACGGCCUGUUUCAUCAAAGGCCAUUGCAGUUGCUAAACGCAAGAAGGAAAUGCGUGAAAACAUUGAGGAGUCUGCUCGGGAACUGCUUAUCCAUUUUAACAACAGAAACCAGGAUGCUUUGCUCCGCUGUGUUCGGAACACUCUGGAGAGUCUGCGCAAGCGCAUCAUCUCCAGCUCUAUCUCCCACUAUCAGAGUGAGAGCUCAAUGUAUGGAGACAGUAAAAGGGACAGUCGACCCUUUUUCCGCACCAACGUAACCUUGGCAAUCCCUAACAUUGUCAUGCAACCAGCUCUAGACGAAGUACAACAGGGACUUAGCAAAGCUGUUCAGCAUGUUCUCUCUGUCUGCAAGGGAAUUGCACAGUGGAGCAAAGAACGCAAACAGCCAGCAAAGUUUCUGUCAGAACAAGGAAGCUCACCAGCAGGAGAGCAUGCAGACCGGAGACACAGCAUUGCCAGCAAUGCUCCAUCUGAGGCAUCACAUGUAGACAGAGCAGGCAAGGAUGGAGGAGAGCCCUCCGUACAGAGCUAUGUCAUCACACAGCAGGCUAAGAACUACUUCAAAUCCAUAUCAGAAAAUAAAGAGAUCACCAAGCUCGUUUCUCUACUUUCUACCUCCAUUAACUCAAACAAGAAGGAAGUGACUACAGCCCUUGAACAGUUUUCCCACUACAAUGCUAUCUGGGAAGAAGACCGAGAUACAGAGAUGGAAGCAUUCUUGAAAGAGGAUCCAAAGUUGUCAGAGUUUGAGGCUCAGAUAAAACAUUAUGAGCAACUGGAAGUGGAUAUCAUGGGACUUCCUGAAUACUAUGAUGUUGGACCCCUUGCCAUGUACACUGAGAGCUUGAAGCUGGGUCUGACAACAGAAACCAAGGCCUGGCGUUUACACUAUGGCAAGGUCUGCAACAAGAAGUACAGCACAGAGAUGGAGGAGAUCUUUGGUUUCAUGGAGGACAUACAAAAGAAACUUUCUCGGCCCAUCAAGGACCUGGAUGACAUACGCUUUGCUAUGGCUGCUCUGAAAGACAUCCGUGAGAAUGAGAUACGCAUUGAUAUGUCCAUUGGCCCCAUUGAGGAGUCAUAUGCCAUGCUGAAUAAACAUGAGCUGCCACUGGUACGUGAAGAAGCAGAACGCUGUGACACACUUCGUUACUCCUGGGAGAAACUACAAGCUCUAGCCUCUGAAGUUCAAACGCACCUUCUGACCAUCCAGCCUGAAUUCAAGCAGGAACUCAUUGAGAAUGUCAAGGUCUUCAUCCAUGAUUGUGGCGACUUUUAUGGAAGCUAUGACAAGAAUGGACCAAUGGUGCCUGGGGUUCCACCUCGGGAAGCAUCAGACAGGUUGAUCAUCUACCAGAACACCUUUGAUACACUCAUCCGAAAGCAUGCCACUUACACGGGAGGAGAAGAACUGUUUGGACUGCAGGUGACUGACUAUCCUCGUCUCAUGCAGAUCAAGAAGGAGUUGAACCUUCUGCAGAAACUCUAUGGCCUGUACAACAGUGUUAUAGACACUGUACAUGGUUACUAUGACAUUCUGUGGCAGGAUGUCAACAUUGACAAGAUCAACACAGAGCUGCUUGAGUUUCAAAACAGGUGUCGUAAAUUACCAAAAGCACUGAAAGACUGGCCCGCAUUUGAGGAUCUUAAGAAAACAAUUGAUGACUUCAAUGAAAUGGUGCCUUUGCUGGAGCUGAUGGCCAACAAAGCCAUGAAGCCUCGCCACUGGCAACGGAUAGCUGACUUGACUGGACAUGCCUUCGACAUUGAGAGUGAGAGCUUCACGCUUCGCAACAUUCUUGAAGCACCACUGUUGAAGUUCAAGGAAGAGAUUGAGGACAUCUGCAUCAGUGCAGUGAAGGAGAAGGACAUAGAGGCCAAACUGAAGCAGGUGAUUGCUGACUGGAGUUCAAAGGAGUUCGCCUUUGGCACCUUCAAAAACCGAGGUGAAUUGCUACUUCGUGGUGACUCAACUACUGAGAUUGUGUCACUGAUGGAAGACUCGCUGAUGGUGCUUAGCUCCCUGCUUAGCAACCGCUACAAUGCUCCAUUCAAGAAGCAAAUCCAAACAUGGGUUGCAAACUUGACCAACUCAUCUGAGAUUAUUGAAAACUGGAUGACUGUGCAGAACCUGUGGGUCUACCUAGAAGCAGUUUUUGUUGGAGGAGACAUUGCAAAGCAGCUGCCAAAGGAAGCCAAGCGGUUCAGCAAUAUUGACAAGUCUUGGGUGAAGAUUAUGACACGAGCACAUGAAACACCUAAUGUAGUUCAGUGUUGUGUGGGUGAUGAGACUUUGAUGCAGCUUCUGCCUCAUCUGAUGGAGCAGCUGGAACUGUGCCAGAAGUCACUGACUGGGUACUUGGAAAAGAAGAGGCUGGCAUUCCCACGCUUCUUCUUCGUGUCAGACCCAGCGUUGCUGGAGAUUCUUGGACAGGCCAGUGACCCUCACACCAUCCAAGCCCACCUGCUCAGUGUCUUUGAUAACACUAAGAAUGUUCGUUUCCAUGAAAAGGUCUAUGAUCAGAUCCUGUCCAUUGUGUCUUCAGAGGGAGAGAGCAUUGAUCUGGAAAAGCCAGUGAAGGCGGAGGGCAAUGUGGAGGUCUGGCUGAUGGCUCUCAUGGUGCAAUCCCAGAAGUCACUUCACUCUGUCAUCAGAGCGGCUGCCAUGGCAAUUCAAGAUACCAGCUUCCAGCUGCUUGAGUUUUUAGACACCUUCCCAGCACAGGUGGGUCUGCUUGGGAUCCAGCUUAUAUGGACACGUGACUCGACAGAGGCCCUCACCCAUGCCAAGUAUGAUCGCAAAAUCAUGUCUACAACAAAUGAGUCUUUCCAAAAACUGUUGAAUCUCCUCAUUGAACAGACGACCAAGGACCUGUCAAAGGUGGAGAGAACCAAGUUUGAGACCCUCAUCACAAUCCAUGUCCAUCAACGGGACAUCUUUGAUGACCUUGUUCGCAAGUCAAUUAAGUCACCAACUGACUUUGAGUGGUUGAAGCAGUCUCGGUUCUACUUCAUUGAGGACCAGGACAGAUGCCAGAUAUCAAUAACAGAUGUAGACUUCACCUACCAGAAUGAAUUCUUGGGCUGCACUGAGCGUCUUGUCAUCACACCCCUGACAGACAGAUGCUACAUUACCCUUGCUCAAGCUCUUGGCAUGUCAAUGGGUGGUGCCCCAGCUGGUCCAGCAGGCACAGGAAAAACAGAAACCACCAAGGACAUGGGCCGAUGUUUGGGCAAAUACGUUGUUGUCUUCAAUUGCUCUGAUCAGAUGGAUUUCAGAGGACUUGGGCGCAUCUAUAAAGGCUUGGCCCAAUCUGGGUCUUGGGGAUGCUUUGAUGAAUUCAACCGUAUCGAGCUGCCAGUGCUGUCUGUGGCUGCUCAGCAGAUUGCAAUCGUAUUAGCCUGCAAGAAAGAGCGCAAAAAGCAGUUUAUCUUCACUGAUGGAGAUAAUGUGGAUAUGAACCCAGAAUUUGGCAUCUUCCUUACCAUGAACCCAGGGUAUGCUGGUCGACAAGAACUCCCUGAGAACCUGAAGAUCAACUUCCGCACAGUGGCCAUGAUGGUGCCAGAUCGUCAAAUCAUUAUCCGUGUGAAGCUCGCUGCUGUUGGUUUUAUUGAUAAUAUCAUCUUGGCACGCAAGUUCUUCACCCUCUACAAACUGUGUGAGGAGCAGCUAACGAAGCAGGUACACUACGACUUUGGACUGCGGAACAUCCUGUCAGUGCUGCGGACACUGGGCACUGUAAAACGACAGAGCCCUAAUGACACUGAGCAGACAAUUGUGAUGCGAGUGCUGCGUGAUAUGAACCUCUCUAAACUAGUCGAUCAGGAUGAACCCUUGUUCCUCUCGCUCAUCAAUGAUCUGUUCCCUGGAAUUACCCUGGACAAGGCUGGCUACCCAGAACUGGAGGCAGCCAUCCACAAGAAUGUUGAAGAAGCCAAACUUGUCAAUCACCCUGCUUGGACACUGAAGCUCGUGCAAUUAUUUGAGACGCAACGGGUGCGCCAUGGGAUGAUGACACUGGGACCAUCAGGAGCAGGCAAGACAUGCUGCAUCCACAUGCUGAUGAAGGCCAUGACUGACUGUGGAGAACCCCACAAAGAAUGGCGCAUGAACCCUAAGGCCAUCACUGCCCCGCAGAUGUUUGGUCGUCUAGAUGUUGCCACCAACGACUGGACUGAUGGCAUCUUCUCUACUCUAUGGCGCCGCACAACUCGCGUCAAGAAGGGUGAACAUAUCUGGCUGGUGCUGGAUGGCCCAGUGGACGCCAUAUGGAUUGAGAAUCUAAACUCAGUGCUUGAUGACAACAAGACACUGACUCUGGCCAAUGGUGAUCGUAUCCCAAUGGCUUCUAACUGCAAGAUCAUCUUUGAGCCCCACAAUAUUGACAAUGCAUCGCCUGCCACCGUCUCACGUAACGGCAUGGUCUACAUGAGCAGCUCUGGUCUGGACUGGAAGCCCAUACUGCAGGGUUGGUUAAACACACGACCUGCACAUGAGAAUGAGGUGAUCAUGUCCCUCUUUGAAAACUCCUUCCCACUAAUAUUGCGCUACGCUGUACAGAACCUUGUCUUCAAAAUGGAGAUGCUUGAAGCUUUCAUCAUCACCCAGGCUACUAAGCUUCUUACAGGCCUGAUCCCAAUCAGGGAUGAUAAGGACCACACCCAGAUGAGCCGGCUCCACUUUGAACAUCUGUACAUCUUCUGUGUAAUGUGGAGCGUUGGUGCUUUCCUAGAGCUGGAUGAUCGUGCUAAGCUGGAGGAGUUUAUCCGCAGCUCCAGUGAAAUUCACCUGGACCUUCCCAACAUCCCAUCAGAUUCUGACUCCACGAUAUUUGACCACUUUGUUGAGAAUGAUGGUACUUGGAAACAUUGGAAUGAGCGUGUAAAGGAAUUUGUCUACCCAACUGAUCAUGAGCCAGAAUAUACAUCCAUCCUGGUACCAAAUGUGGACAAUGUCCGCACAGAGUUCCUUGUUGACAUGAUUGCCAGGCAGAACAAGGCAGUGCUUCUGAUAGGUGAACAAGGUACAGCCAAGACAGUUAUGAUCAACAAUUACACAAAGCUCUACAACCCUGAAUACCACCUGGCUGAGUCUGUCAACUUCUCUUCAGCCACCACACCUCUGAUGUUUCAAAGAACCAUUGAGAGUUAUGUGGACAAACGUGUUGGCAGCAUAUAUGGUCCCCCAGCCGGUAAGAAAAUGACCAUCUUCAUUGAUGACAUCAACAUGCCAGUCAUCAACGAGUGGGGUGAUCAAGUUGCCAAUGAGAUUGUGCGACAGCUGAUGGAAAAUGGAGGAUUUUAUAGUCUGGAGAAACCUGGAGACUUUACUACCAUUGCAGAUGUACAGUUUUUGGCUGCCAUGAUUCAACCUGGUGGAGGUCGCAAUGACAUUCCUCAACGACUAAAGCGGCAGUUUGUUAUCUACAACUGUACCUUGCCAUCAAAUGCUUCCAUUGAUAAGAUCUUCUCUGUCAUUGGCUGUGGUCACUUCUGCAAGGAACGGGGCUUCUCAGAGAAUGUACAGCAGGUGGUAAAGCGUCUGGUGCCUAUAACUCGCAGACUUUGGCAGCUGACUAAGAUCAAGAUGCUACCAACCCCAGCCAAGUUCCACUACAUCUUCAACUUGCGUGAUUUGUCGCGCAUCUGGCAAGGUAUGCUGAAAACAAUAUCAUCUGUUGUGACAGACGAGAAGAUUCUCAUGUAUCUCUGGAAACACGAGUGCUGUCGGGUCAUUGCAGACAGGUGUGUGACUGUAGAAGAUCUUCUGUGGUUUGACAAGACCAUCCGUCGUGUGGUGGGAGAGGAAUUGAGCGAGGCAUGUCAAGAACAUGUGACACAGAACCCUGUCUUCUGUGACUUCAUGAGGGAUGCUCCAGAAGCCACAGGGGAAGAAACAGAGGAUGCUGACCUGGACAUGCCCAGAAUCUAUGAGCCAAUUGCCAGCUUUGAGCAGCUAGAAGAGCGUUUGCUGUACUUCCUGCAGCAGUAUAAUGAGAGCAUCCGUGGUGCUGGCAUGGACCUAGUAUUCUUCAAGGAUGCUAUGACCCAUCUGCUUAAAAUCUCUCGCAUCAUUCGCACUCCUCGAGGCCAUGCUUUGCUAGUUGGUGUGGGUGGGUCUGGCAAACAGUCACUCACUCGACUAGCCUCAUUUAUCUGCGGCUAUAGGACAUUUCAGAUCACCCUGACAAGAUCCUACAACGCCUCCAACCUGCUGGAAGACCUCAAGUUCUUGUAUCGCACGGCCGGACAGGAGGGCAAGGGUAUCACCUUCAUCUUCACUGACCAGGAGAUCAAAGAUGAGGCCUUCCUGGAAUAUUUGAACAACAUGCUCUCAUCUGGUGUGGUGGCAAACCUUUUUGCCAGAGAUGAAAUGGAUGAAAUCCUAGGAGAACUUGUUCCUGUAAUGAAGAAGGAGUUCCCACGACGUCCACCAUCCAACGAAAACCUCUAUGAAUACUACUUGUCACGUGUGCGCAAAAACCUGCAUGUUACCCUCUGCUUCUCACCUGUUGGUGAGAAAUUUCGACAGAGAGCCUUGAAAUUUCCAGGACUCAUCUCUGGCUGUACCAUGGACUGGUUCCAGCGCUGGCCAAAAGAUGCUUUAAUUGCAGUGGCUGAUCACUUCCUGUUGGAGUUUGACAUCGUCUGCAGCCUUGAAACUAAGAAACAGGUGAUCCAGACUAUGGGCAUCAUUCAUGAUGGUGUGGCUGAGAGCUGCAUUGAUUACUUCCAAAGGUACCGCCGCUCAACCCAUGUUACCCCCAAGUCCUACCUCUCCUUCAUCAACAGCUACAAGACAGUUUACCAAGCAAAGCGUGGGGAAAUUGGAGAGCUUGCAAAUCGCAUGAACACUGGUCUGGAAAAGCUCAUUGAGGCAUCCCAAGCAGUAGCAGAGCUUAGCAAAGAACUGGCCGUUAAAGAGAAGGAGCUGGCUAUUGCAUCUGAGAAGGCUGAAGCUGUCCUGAAGACUGUGACAGUCAAGGCUCAGGCAGCUGAAAAGGUGAAAGAACAAGUGCAGAAAGUCAAGGACAAAGCCCAGGCCAUUGUGGAUGCAAUUGAAACGGACAAAGCCAUUGCUGAGCAGAAGCUGGAGGCAGCUCGCCCAGCCUUGGAAGAGGCUGAGGCAGCACUGAACACCAUCAAGCCUACAGACAUUGCCACUGUCAGGAAGCUGGGCAAGCCCCCACACCUCAUCAUGCGCAUCAUGGACUGUGUGCUCAUUCUCUUCCAGAGCAAGCUAGAGCCAGUCAGACUUGACCCAGAAAAACCAGAGUUCUUCAAGCCAUCGUGGUCCAACUCUCUUAAGCUGAUGGCCGGGACAAACUUCCUCCAAUCGCUUAUGACCUUCCCCAAGGACUCUAUUAAUGAUGAGACAGUGGAACUUAUGGAGCCAUAUUUUGAGUCUGAAGACUAUUUGCUGGAUACUGCCAAGAAAGUCUGCGGCAAUGUUGCUGGCCUUCUGUCGUGGACUAAAGCCAUGGCUGGCUUUUUUGUAAUUAACAAGGAGGUGUUGCCUCUCAAGGCAAAUCUAGCUGUUCAAGAGGGACGAUUGAAUAUUGCUAUGGCUGACUUGAAUGCUGCCCAGGCACAGCUAGAUGAGAAGGAGAAGGAACUGGCAAUUGUGCGGGCAGAAUAUGAUAAAGCUAUGGCAGAAAAACAGGCUCUCAUGGAUGAUGCAGAGACAUGUCGACGGAAGAUGACAGCAGCAUCUACCUUGAUCAAUGGCUUGGCUGGAGAAAAGGAGAGAUGGACAGAGCAGAGCAAAGAGUUCAAAGCACAGAUUGGGAGGCUAGUGGGUGAUGUCCUCAUCUGCACUGGAUUUCUCAGCUACUCUGGACCUUUCAAUCAGGACUUUCGCCUCCUGCUGAGCAGAAACUGGAUGAAGGAACUGAAGAACCGCAAGAUUCCUGUCUCUUCAAAUCUCAACAUGGUAGACAUGCUGGUGGACCCCACAACUGUGGCUGAAUGGAAUCUUCAAGGACUGCCCAAUGAUGAACUAUCCACACAAAAUGGCAUCAUUGUUACACAAGCUUCACGCUACCCUCUUCUAAUUGAUCCCCAGGGACAGGGAAAGAUCUGGAUCAAGAAUCGUGAGCAGAAGAACGAGCUGCAGGUGACCUCCCUUAACCACAAGUACUUCAGGCAACAUCUGGAGGACUCCAUGUCGCUCGGUCGUCCGCUCCUGCUAGAAGAUGUGGGUGAGGAGCUCGACCCAGCCCUUGACAAUGUGCUGGAGAAGAAUUUUAUCAAGGUGGGCUCUACCCUCAAAGUCAAGGUUGGGGACAAAGAGUGUGACAUUCUAAAGGGCUUCAUGCUCUAUGUCACCACCAAACUGCCCAACCCUGCCUACACUCCUGAAAUAUCAGCCAGAACAUCUAUCAUCGACUUCACAGUGACCAUGAAAGGACUGGAAGACCAGUUACUGGGCAGGGUGAUCCUGACUGAGAAAGCUGAGCUGGAGAGUGAACGAGUCAAAUUGAUGGAAGAAGUGACAGCCAACAAGAAGAAGAUGAAAGAACUGGAGGACAACCUGCUGUUCAGGCUUACCUCCACUCAGGGUUCUUUGGUGGAUGAUGAGGACCUCAUCAAUGUACUGAAUGUCACCAAGGUGACUGCCCAAGAUGUCAGUCAGAAGCUACAGAUUGCAGCAGAGACUGAGAUCAAGAUCAAUAGCGCACGAGAGGAGUUCCGCCCUGUAGCCACCAGAGGUAGCAUCCUGUACUUCUUGAUUGUGGAGAUGAGUCUUGUUAACUGCAUGUACCAGACCUCCCUACGACAGUUUUUGCAGCUGUUUGAUCGUUCCAUGGCCAAAUCCCAGAAGUCCCCUAUCACCCAGAAGCGAAUCCAGAAUAUCAUAGAAUACAUGACAUUUGAAGUCUUCAAGUAUGCUGUGCGAGGUCUCUAUGAGCAGGAUAAGUUGACUUUCACUCUGCUGUUGGCACUGAAGAUUGACUUACAGGGCAACAAAAUCAAGCAUGAUGAGUUUAUGACUCUCAUCAAAGGUGGUGCAUCACUGGACCUGAAUGUAGUGACACCAAAGCCUCACAGAUGGAUUGUUGACCUGACCUGGCUCAACCUUGUGGAGUUGAGCAAUUUGCAUCAGUUUUCUGGCAUCCUGGACCAGGUUACUCGCAAUGAGAAGCAGUGGAAGCUGUGGUUUGACAAAGAUGCCCCAGAAGAGGAGAUGAUCCCUGAUGGCUACAACAACACCCUGGAUGUUUUCCGUCGUCUCCUACUUGUGCGCAGCUGGUGUCCAGACCGCACACUUCCCCAGGCCAAGAAAUACAUUGGUGAUGCCUUAGGGGAGCGCUUUGCUGAAGGUGUCAUCCUGGACGUGGAGAAGAUGUGGGAGGAAAGUGAGCCCCGCACACCACUGGUUGGACUUCUCUCAAUGGGGUCUGACCCAACCAACAGCAUUGAGGCUUUGGCUAAAAAACUUCGCCUUGAGUGUCGUGCCAUCUCCAUGGGUCAGGGACAGGAGGUCCAUGCACGCCGCAUGCUGCAGCAGGGCAUGACACAAGGAGGUUGGCUGCUUCUGCAGAACUGUCACCUGUCCCUUGACUAUGUUCAAGAAGUUAUGGACAAUAUUAUUGAGGCCGAGAGCAUUGAUGACACAUUCAGACUGUGGGUUACGACUGAAGUGCACCCUAAGUUUCCAAUCAGUUUUCUCCAGAUCUCCAUCAAAUUCACCAAUGAGCCUCCACAGGGUGUCAAAGCUGGGUUGAAGAGAACAUACGCUGGUAUCACACAGGAUUUUCUGGACAUUUCAAACAUGCCACAGUGGAAACCUAUGCUCUAUGGUGUUGGUUUCCUGCAUACAAUUGUGCAGGAACGGCGCAAGUUUGGUCCCCUGGGCUGGAACAUCCCAUAUGAGUUCAACACAUCUGACUACAAUGCUAGCGUGCAGUUUGUACAGAACCACCUUGAUGACAUGGACAUCAAGAGGGGGGUAAACUGGAUCUGUGUGCGCUACAUGUUUGGUGAGAUCCAGUAUGGAGGCCGUGUGACUGAUGACUUUGACAAGCGUCUGCUGAACACUUUCUGUAGAGUGUGGUUCAGUGAAAACAUGUUCACCCCUCAGUUCGUCUUCUACAAAGGUUAUGUCAUUCCCAAAUGCAACAAAAUUAAUGAGAUUCAUGAGUAUAUCAACAGUCUACCCUCGGCUGAUACACCAGAGGUGUUUGGACUGCAUGCCAAUGCUGAUAUAACGUACCAAAGUAAGACUGCAAAGUCCAUCCUUGACAGCAUCCUCAGCAUUCAGCCCAAGGAUGCAGGCAGUGGUGGUGGUGAAACACGAGAAUCUGUGGUGUAUCGUCUGGCUGAUGACAUGCUGGACAAACUGCCACCUGACUACGUACCAUUUGAAGUGCGAGAACGCCUUCAGAAGAUGGGCGCACUGCAGCCUAUGAAUAUCUUCCUGCGACAGGAAAUUGACCGCAUGCAGCGUGUCAUCACCACUGUGAGAACCACCCUUCAGGACCUGAAGCUGGCCAUUGAUGGCACAAUCAUCAUGAGUGAAAACCUGAGGGAUGCACUGGACUGCAUGUACGAUGCCCGCAUUCCAUCUCUCUGGCUCAAGAUUUCCUGGGAAUCAAGCACACUGGGAUUCUGGUUCACAGAGCUGAUUGACCGCAACACCCAGUUCCAUUCUUGGUGCUUUGAUGGUCGGCCAAACACCUUCUGGAUGACCGGUUUCUUUAACCCACAGGGAUUUCUGACAGCCAUGAGACAGGAGGUGACCCGAGCUCAUAAGGGAUGGGCUUUGGACAAUGUGAUUCUUCAAAACGAUGUCACAAAGCAGAUGAAAGAUGACAUCACUCAGCCCCCUGCUGAGGGUGUCUAUGUGUAUGGUCUGUACCUGGAGGGUGCAGGCUGGGACCGCCGUGGGAGCAAGUUGGUGGAAUCCAAGCCUAAAGUGCUCUUUGAACCCAUGCCUGUCAUACAUAUUUAUGCCAAGGACACUGCACCUCCUGACAGCAAAAUGUAUGUUUGUCCUAUUUACAAAAAGCCACGCCGCACAGACCUUACCUACAUUGCUGAUGUGAUGCUGCGGUCUACUCAGCCACCGGACCACUGGAUCCUGCGUGGUGUGGCCCUUUUAUGUGACAUCAAGUAGAAAGCUUGCUGGCGCUUAAGUGUUGUGACACUGCUCUGUGACUUGUAUCGGCCGGGUUUCCAUCCAAACAUUAAUCACUCAUCUUACAAUUAUAAAUCCAUUUAGUUCUUUUAUGCCAUGGAACUCUUUUAUUAAAAAGCAGCUACUUAUUUCACUAAAUUUUUGCUGAAAUAUGAACUAUGUCAGUUGUAACUGACCUUUUGCUUACACUCUGGUUCCCUAAUAUGUUCUGUGAUCCAUGGGGUUGUAACAGCUGUUGCAAAACGUGGCCUUUGAUGACUAUUUUAAACAUUGUUCAUAUGCACAAUGCAAAUUUCAAAGAAUUUAUCUGUGAUAGCUGUUUUUUCAUCGAUUCAGACAAGCUUCAUUUGUGACUGGAACAACCACAGCCAUGGCUGAUUGGAGUAGAAAAUUAUGUAUGCCUCAGUUACAAAUUGUUUGCAUUACACUUAUAUUUUAAUAUUUUAGCUGAAAAACUUGGAUACAUAAAUUAUGUAAUUAAAGCCAAUCUCAUUUUAAGACCUACCCCUGCAUUAAUAACAAAUCAUUUAACCUAGUUUUCUUUUGACUAUUCUUUAGAUACUUUACAGAAAAAUUUAUUGGUGCUUUUUAAAGAACUGGUUUAGAAGAUUUACACCUAUUUUUUAAUCCUUAGUGAUUCAGCAUUAAUAAAUGUGAAACAUAUUCCAGAUAAGAAAGUGACACUGCUGACAUAAUACAUGUUUUUACAUUGAGACAGGAGAGGAUGUAAUGAUCUUUAGUUUCAUCCAAACUCGGCUCAUUCCAAAUGCUUACAUCAACCAGCUGUGAUAAUUUGACUUAUAAAAGUCACUUCUACAACUUUAUCCAUAUGCAUUUGUCUGUUCUUAAAGCUUAUUUAUUUGGCCUUCUUGUGUCAGUUGACUAUAUUUUUCUUGGAGGAGGCUAUAGAAGGUAUUUCUUUACAAGGAUUCCUACUUUGAAGAACUAAUAUGCAUUUGUAUAAUUCAGCAAAUUAUCUGAAUAAAGAUACAUUAUCAACCUGACUUUUUCACCAACAAA